AUGACACGAAAAUCGCUCAGUCGGUUACAUCACUCCGAUGAUGCGAUUCGAAUCCCCUACCUGGCGAAUCGUAGAAUACUUCGAUCUCUCCUUCCUUCGACUCUUCUGUUACAACACAAUGUCUUUUCGAGUUUAAGUGGCUUCGUGAGAAAGGGUCGGUUUGGGGAGAAGAAAGUCCGAGAAAAGGAGAAAAAUGGCAGGUUGAAGUGUUCCGGUUGGAGGUUGAGGACUUGA